UCUGAACCCUCCUCUGACCCUUUCCAGCCUGCUCCCUCCCUCUCUCUUUCCUUACCCCUCUCACUUUCUUCCUCUUUCUGUCAUUUCCAGGUUGCCACUUGGUCACUGCAGACACUAUGGUGAGUUGAGAGAGACAGAUUAGUUGAAUGAACGUUGAUGUGAGUUUAUAUCGGCAGGUGUUCAAUGUUUCUAUUUUAAGCAAGUGUUCCUUAGCUUUUCUGAAAAGCUUUUCUUGUAAUUGUGUGAAUGAGAUAGUGUUUUUCCAUGUUGUAUGUUAUUGCAUGAAGAUAUUUGAAUCCUUGUCAGAUGAUAAGUCUUCAAAGAUGCAAAUGCAAUUGAGUGCAACAUGUUUGUGUUGAAAUACAAUGCCGUACAGUGCUUUUGUUUUGUGACAAUAAUGUCCCAGAAAAUCAGUGAUAGAGCGAGGAAUGAAAGAGGGAGAGAGACUGAGGGUGUCAGAGACCAAAGGAAGGGGUGUAAAGAAGAGAUAUUGCUGUGUAGCGGAAUAAGGAGAGAUUGGAGGGAAAGCAGCUGCAAUGUUACUCUCGGAACCGUUACAGUUCUGCCUGUUGUCUGUGUACUGUCUGUGUACUGUCUGUGUACUGUCUGUGUACUGUCUGUGUGAGAAACAGUGUCUGAGGGUCUUUGCGUAUCGUGUUAAAUUUAGAGUGUCAAGUGUGAUUUACAGAGGUUAUAGUGCAAGUCAUGCAGAGCGAGAGGUGGGGCUGUAUUUCCUGCAGUAUUUAUAGUUUCAUUUAAUAUUUUUUACAGUAUGUGAAACUGAAAACCUUGGCAUUCUUUCAUAUGACAUGAUAUUACUGUGAUGAAGCAGCAAACUACUGUAGCUGGUGGUGGUGGGAAUUAAACAGUAGAGUAAACCCCUUCAGGUGUGUACCAGUAGUCAGUAGGAAAGAAGUUAGAAAUAGAAAGGUAGGGCCUCCCGAGUGGUGCAGCGGUCUAAGGCACUGCAUCACUACAGACCUGGGUUCGAUCCCAGGCUGUGUCACAGCUUGCCGGGAGACCCAUGAGGCGGCGCACAAUUGGCCCAGCGCCGUCCGGGUUAGGGGAGGGUUUGGCCGGCCGGGAUUUCCUUGUCCCAUCGCGCUCUAGAGACUCCCUGUGGCAGGCCGGGCACCUGCAAGCUGACUUCAGUUGCCAGCUGGACGGUGUUUCCUCCGACACAUUGAUGCAGCUGGCUUCCGGGUUAAGCGAGCAGUGUGUCAAGAAGCAGUGUGGCUUGGCAGGGUCGUGUUUCGGAGGACGCAUGGCUCUCGACCUUCGCCUCUCCUGAGUCCGUAGGGGAGUUGCAGCGAUGGGACAAGACUGUAACUACCAAUUGGGGAGAAAAAGGGGUAAAAGUACCAAAAAAAAAAAAAAAAAAAAAAAACUAUGGCAGCAGGUUGAGGAGUGAGCGAGGUAACUUUGGUCAACUGAGUUCAACUCGGGAUAACCGGUAAUACGAAAGUGGCUCACCUUUUAUCUAUGGCAACGAAUCCUUCAGAUCUAACCUGCUCCGGGGCAGGCUAACUCAAGGCUAACUCCACUUCCCCUGAAUGAAAUGAUUUAGCUGCGAGUUGAGGACCAAUUAAAUCAGAUUCCCACCCUCUUGCAAAGAUCGCAUCACUUUCCCCUUCAUUUGAGGAAGACGACUGAUUAAAUAUAACAGACUGCAUUUUAAACUUAAUGCACAGCAACACUUUUGUACAGGGUUGCCAUGUCCGCGGGUUUGCUGCAAAUUGGGCUACUUUGAAAACGAUGUUGUGGGUGAAAAUGUAUUGGUUGCAGGUUUUUGCGCUACUCCUAAAUUGCACCGCGGCCGCCCUGACAUUUUCCUUUAAAAUAUAUAUUUCACAGUGACCUGCUGCUGCUGACUAUCAGGCAGUGAGGCAGCCUGUUGCUUAGUGAGUGAGUGGUGGGGAGGGGAGGGCAAGAGGCAUGUGUGUGUUGACAUUGAGCACUGCAGCUGAGUGACUUGAGUGAGAGGAGACAGAGCAGCACGCGCGCUUGUCGUGUCAACUUUUUACCAGUUGUAGGUUAGAUUGUCAUUACGGAGACAACCUAAUGUAUUUCCAACCCUUUUUCCAUAUUAAGGUGCUAGAACUGAUGUGAAAAAAAUAACAGCGACAAAGCACAGGAAAACGACUUUAGGUGCUCUAGAGCGCAUUAGAUACAUUAGCUAGGAGGUGGUUUAAACUGCAUUAUAAACUGGGUGGUUCGAGCUCUGAAAGCUGAUUGGCUGAAUGAUGUGGUAUAUUAGACCAUACAAACAAUUAUUUUUACUGCUCUUAUUAAGUUGGUAACCAGUUUAUAAUAGCAAUAAGGCACCUCGGGUGUUUGUGGUAUAUUGCCAAUAUACCACGGCUAAGGGCUGUAUCCAGGCACUGCGGUGCAUCCUGCAUAAGAACAGCCCUUAACCCCCCUCGGGCCUUAUUGCUUAAUUCUAAUGUCGACUUUGCUUAUGGAAAACCAUAUCAAGCAAGGGUUGUAGGCAUGCUCAGUUCUUGGGUCUUGAGCCCUGUGCUGUGCGAGUGGAAAUUUUAAAUGGACGUUAUGGAACUCCCUUGCGUGCUUCUGAAAAGUGCACCAUGAAACUGACAUUAAAUGUGGAGAAUGAUACAUUUGUAUCUGUUGGCCAUCAAGUAGGCUAUUAAUUUAUAUGCUAUUGUAGGCUACUUUAGCAAUAAAUACUUUUACAAUAAAAUAAAAUACUUUACAAUAAAUAUGUUGAAAAGAUAUCACUGGAGCCAUUGCAAAUCAAUUUGUGCUACUUGUGUAGCCUACUUGGAGCUGGCAAACAGAUUUAAUAAAUAGCCUAUAACUUCAGUUUAUUGUUGUUGUACCCUUGUGUUGUUAUGCAAUUAUUAAUGGCCAUGUUUAGUUAAUGAAAUUGAAAGUUAUCAAUUGUGAUCAUGGUCACAGUUCUAUCGCAAUUGCCGAUCAGCUGUAGUCAGAAUGCAUUAGAUUGAAGGUAACAGUCAGUCAGAUUAGGCUACAGGUUUUUUUUUAAACAUCCAUAUUAUUAAUAUAUGAUUCAGUGAUUGAAAUUACGACCCUCAGUGUCCUCAGUAGCCUAUUCCAGCAGGCUAUUGGGCAACAGCAGCACUUCUUACCUCGAAAUCGCCUCGCUAUUCAUGUUGAAUAAAUUAAUCUGUCAAUUUGAACUAUGCAAGUUGCUAAAUCGUUCAUUUUACAUCUUGCCUAAAUUACUGUAGGCUAUCUGAAAUUAGAUGUAGGCCUAUCAGGGGCUAUAUGCUACCUGCAUCUAGUUCUAGCUAACCAAACCAUGGCAAAAUUAAAUUACAAUCAUAAACCCAGAUUUUAGUCAGUUGGCCUAGCCAAUGCUUAUUGAAAUGACAUGUCAAUUCAUUUAUAACGGUUUGCAGGUUUGCAGUCUUAACAUCUGGCACAUAAUAACGGCACAAAUGCCUGAACAUAAAUAGCCUAACAUUCGUUUUUUGAAGUUCGUACAAGUGUUUCUUGCACAGAGAUUUCGAGAUCCUCUGUCCAGCUUUCAUCCCUCAAACUCUCCUUUCGGAUUUAUCUAUAGUUAUGCAUAUGCGCAUUUCCAAUCAUAGCAUUUCCAAUCAUAGCAGUUAAAAUAUUUUAGGCUAGUUUUCAGGCAUUGUGGGCGGGUUUUGAGUGGUCAUUUCUGGACAUUUUAGCUAGACGGCACUUCUAAAAGCUUAUUUCACACCAUAGCCUGCUGAAUUUGCACGAUUUUGUGUUUUUUGUUUUUGUUUCGAUUUCGGCACAAAUUAAAAUGUCACUGACUUGGCCAUGGAUUGAUGUUUCACCAUUGUCUUCAAUGCAGACUUCAGCGUUCGACUAGCCAUGUGUGACAUGCAUGCGCAGUUACAAGCCUGCUAGAGUUGGCUGUAGGCGGAUGAGCAACAUCCACCGUCGUAGUACGGAUAAAGCCUGAGCUGGAAUGUGAAGCUAACUGAAGCUGGUUAGUUUUUCAAAACCCUGAGUAGAUCUAGCUUGCUUCGUAGGAUACCCCUCUGGACAAAGAGAGAGGUUUAAAGGAGAACAAGUGGACCGUGUGUAUAGUUCUCUCGCAUGACUGCGUACCAAACAAUGUCGUUUCUGUGUAGGUGAUUGUUUUGCAUAAAUAAUUAAUGCAUGCGGUUUGUUUGUGUGUAAUAUCUGAUCUGAGCGCCCACAUAACCUGGUAUGGAAGGUAUACAGAGCCAUGGAGAAUUUCACAAUGCAAGUUCAAUGCUUUAGCCAGCUAACUAAUAAAUAUUCUGAAAUAACAUUUUAUGUUCUAAAAAAAGAUCAACUUCAAACAGUAUAGCUGUAAAUGACUGAUUUGAUUAUAAUAUAAACCCUAUAAACAUAAAAGAGAGAUCGUAGCAUUCAAUGUUUGCUGGCGGCCAUAUCAAUCCAUACUUUGUUGGAAUACAUUCCAGUGUUUAAAAAGCCAUAGGACCAUAACUGUGUGUGUGUGUAUGCUAAUGAAAGAGUGUGUUUACUACGUGGGUGUGAUGCGGUAUUGUAUGUACACACACACACACACACACAGCUGUCAGUCGCAUGUGUUUAACAUUAUCAUUGUGACUGAAGUUCACGUUCCUCUCUCAAGGAAGUGUCAGCUGUCAGUGGCAUGUGUUUAACAGUAUCAGUGUGACUCUGACGUUCAUGUUCCCCUCUCAGACAGUCUUUGGAAAAGUCGUGUUCACAAUUUACAUCAUGGAAUGGUUUAUUGACUAUUAAUUAUUUAUAGUUGGAAAGGGAAACUGGUUGGAAAUCAAUUGGGGGGGGGGGAAGUGUUCAUACCUUACAUCAAGGAAAAGCAGUUCAUGAAGGGUUUGUAAAGUGUUUUUAAGUAGUUUAUAGUAAUGAUGGGGGGGUGGGGAUCGAUGCAGUUAACUAUCGCAAUAUACAUUUUGGACGAUAUUACACUGAACAAAAAUAUAAAUGCAACAUGUAAAGUGUUGGUGCCAUGUUUCAUGAGCUGAAAUAAAAGAUCCCUGAAAUGUUCCAUACGCACAAAAGCUUAUUUCUCUAAAAUGUUGUGCACAAUUUUGUUUACAACCCUGUUAGUGAGCAUUUCUCAUUUGCCAAGAUAAUUCAUCCAUACCCAGGUGAAGACAGCUUGUUGGUUAUUAGGUUAUUAAAUUAUUGCAUCUGAGCUCCUAGAAUGUGCGGCUCUCCUUUUCUUUUUCAAUAUAAUCCAUCCACCUGACCGGUGUGGCAGAUCAAGAAGCUAAUUAAACAGCAUGAUCAUUACACAGGUGCGUGCACCCUGUGCUGGGGACAAUAAAAGGCCACUCUAAAAUGUGACUGACCACCUUGAUUCGGUCUUAUGUAGCAAAAUUUGAAAUUGUGUUUUUUACAUUGGAUAAAAGCAUAGACACCGAGCUACAAAAUGGUAUAUCAUACAUUGCAUUUAAGGGAACAAUUGGAAAGUAAUUCUGCUUUGAAAGUUGAUAAACUUGUAAUCUCACUUUUGAGAAAAUGGCCUUUGAAUGUUUUGGUACCUAGUGAAGAGCUCUUCUUUGUCUACACCCAUUCAGCAUCGUUCACACCCUCUUAAGCUUUAGCCCCACCCAUCUUGUUUUGCUCUCAGAGCGUUCAGAGUGCAGACUUGACGCUCUGGCCGAUGAGUAGGGUUGAUCCGAGCGUUCUGACCUCACAGCGGCAGUAAAGCACCCAAGCUAACUGGCUAACAUUGGCUAGCUUGCUAUUUCCUUUCAGAUACAAAAUUGGGAUUAUGGUUCAUUGUUUACCUCUGGAUAACAUGAAAACAGCCUAACCAGCUCUGCUGGCAACAAUUUAAUUACGCUUUUUUGCCGAAGUUUACUGACACCGGCCAUAUUCAACGGGUGUUGUGCAUUUGUAAAUUCAUUCUAAGCAACCAGCUCUGAGAUACGAAUAAUAACAUCAUAUACGUAACGUUAGCUAGCGAGCCAGCCAGCUAACGUUAGCUAGUUAAACAUUGAACCAAAGUGCCAAAACAUGACGUUACUACCCUCGCAUGAAUCUGCUGGUAGUGGUAGCUACCCAACCAGGUUCAAUGUUAGCUAGCUAACAUUAGGCUCUAACUAUCCAAGCAAACAGCUCUGAGAUAUAUGAAUAAUAACAUCAUGCACAUAACGUUAGCUUGCGAGCCAGCCAGUUAGCUAACUUUAGGCUCUAGUCUAACUAGCCAAGCAAACGGCUCUGAGAUACGAAUAAUAACAUCAUACACGUAAUGUUAGCUAGCGAGCCAGCCAGCCAGCUAACGUUAGUACACUUUAACUUGAAAUGAAACCACUUUCUGUCAAAAUUAGAAACGUGUAAUAUCUGAAAAUGUAGCUAGCUAGACUAUCUUACAUGUAUACAUCAUCAUGCAUGAUGGACGUGUCUCCCUGUCACGGAUGCCAUGCAUGGUUGCCCUUAGUUUGAAGAUGUAAUCCGGAGACAGGUGUUUUCUCCAUCUCUUUAGCUAUCACACGAUACAUUAAAAAAAGCUGCGUUAGACAGGAUUACCUACACAUACUGACCAGCUCAAAUAGACAGAAGCCUUCUAUAUGGCAGACCAAUCCGAACUCCUCUCUCGGCAUGUCCAGCCCACUCAUUAUCUCAGCCAAUCAUGGCUAGUAGGAAGGUUGCUGUAUUUUCCUGUGGCUUAACCAACUAGGCUCGUAAUUUAACAAUGUUAUUAGUAUUUACAGAUGGCAUACAAGUUUGUUAUUAAGGUACAUGAAAGUUCACAUGUUCCAGAAGGCAUUUCUGCCAAAAAAAACGCAUUUUAAUAAAUAAAUAAAAAAGUUUACAUUCAAAUGGGUCUCCUGUGAAGUAGUGACCUGUGACAUAUGUCUAGUUUCCUGAAACGAGUCACAAAUGUGCAGUUUUGUCACACAACAAAAGUUUUAAGGGAGAGUGCAAUUGGCAUGCUGACUGCAGGAAUGUCCACCAGAGCUGUUGCCAGAUAAGUUAAUGUUCAUUUCUCUACCAUAAGCCGCCUCCAACGUUGUUUUAGAGAAUUUGGCAGUAUGUCCAACCGGCGUCACAACUGCAGACCACGUGUAAUCACGCCAGCCCAGGACCUCCACAUCCGGCUUCUUCACCUGCGGGAUCGUCUGAGACCAGGUUUGCACAACUGAAGAAUUUCUUCACAAACUGUCAGAAACCGUCUCAGGGAAGCUCAUCUGCGUGCUCAUUGUCCUCACCGGGGUCUUGACCUGACUGCAGUUCGGCGUCAUAAUCGACUUCAGUGUGCAAAUGCUUACCUUCAAUGGCCACUUAAACGCUGGUUCAUGGUUGAAUCCCAGUUUCAACUGCACUGGGCAGAUGGCAGACCAGGUUUGCACAACUGAAGAAUUUCUUCACAAACUGUCAGAAACCGUCUCAGGGAAGCUCAUCUGCGUGCUCAUUGUCCUCACCGGGGUCAUGUGGGCAAGCGGUUUGCUGAUGUCAACGUUGUGAACAGAGUGCCCCAUGGUGGCGGUGGGGUUAUGGUAUGGGCAGGCAUACGCUACGGACAACGAACACAGUUGUAUUUUAUCAAUGGCAAUUUGAACGCACAGAUAUACCGUGAUGAGAUCCUGAGGCCCAUUGUCGUGCCAUUCAUCCGCCGCCAUCACCUCAUGUUUCAGCGUGAUAAUGCAUGGCCCCAUGUCGCAAGCAUCUGUACACAAUUCCUGGAAGCUGAAAAUGUUGGCCUGCAUACUCACCAGACAUGUCACCCAUUGAGCAUGUUUGGGAUGCCCUGGAUUGACGUGUACAACAGCGUGUUCCAGUUCCCACCAAUAUCCAGCAACUUUGCACAGCCAUUGAAAAGGAGGGGGACAACAUUCCACAGGCCACAAUCAACAGCCUGAUCAACUCUAUGCGAAGGAGAUGUGUCGAGCUGCAUGAGGCAAAUGGUGGUCACACCAGAUGCUUCUGGUUUUCUGAUCAAUGCCCUUACCUUUUUUUAAGGUAUCUUCAUAUCUGUAUUCCCAGUCAUGUGAAAUCCAUAGAUUAAGGCCUAAUUAAUUUAUUCAAUUUUACUGAUUUCCUUAUAUGAACUGUAACUCAGUAAAAUCUUUGAAAUUGCUGCAUUUAUAUUUUUGUUCAGUGCAUAUCAAUACUUUUUUAAAUAGUGAGCCAACAUGUUUUUAGCACUUUUAUUUCCAUGACUGAUCAGAACUCAUUUUCUCAUGAUCUCUCUUGUCUCUCUGCAGCAGACAUAUAGUGACCAAUAUGUUUGGAACAUGAAAUCGCAAUAAAAUCACAGUAUCGAAUUGCAAUACAUAUAGAAUAGUUAGAAUCACAAGACAUAUUGUAUCGACACCUAAGUACCGUAAUAAUAUCGUAUCGUGAGGUCCCUGGCAAUUCCCAUCCCUAGUUUAUAGACUAUUCAUUAUUUGUAGAUAUAGUAUAAAUGUAUAGAUUAUAAUACAAUCCCUUUGAUGACACGUUUUCUUUCUCUGUCUCCUUCUCUCAACUUUAUAUUAUUUUCUCAUUAAUCCUAUUAUAUUAUUAUCGCUCUCUCGCACACACACACACGCGCGCGUGCGCACACACACACACACACACACACACACACACACACACACACACACACACACACACACACACACACACACACACUGUCCAUCUCACACCUAUCCCCCACAGCUCUCUCUCAGCUCUCUCCCCAGCACCGUUGUCCCCAGCCUCCCCUCCUCUCCAGGGGGCUGUGCUACUGGGGGACCGAGGGCACGGUCCUCAAGCCAGGAGGUGGCGCUGUUCCAGACCCUGCAGGAGGCUCUGAGGGAGAUCGACCUACCUGAAACACAGGAACUGCCACAGGGUGAGACCCGAGCUACGAUCACCAGGCUGAAACAUCCAGGAUGUGGCAGAUAGAAGUGUACCAGGCUAGAAAGACACCUCCCUGUUUAUUACAAUCCCUAUGAUAUUGGAAUCAUGGCUGCUCUAUCACCUUACAUUUCUACCUGCGACUCUCUGAACCCUUGAACCAGAGUUAAGCCUACAGGCCAGGUGAACCUAUCACUGGAUCUUAACCUGCACAGUUACCCAGACCAAGUGAGUUUAGUACUAUAUGUCACUGGGUUAGCAGGUGAACAGGUGUGUCAAGGUGUGUUUCCGUUGACUCUUGCACGGUCCAAAAAACAACAUCUAGCCCCUUCCCCUAGCCCCUACCUAUUUAGUGUCUGCAGACCCCUAUAUGGUUGUUUUUGGACCUAACUACUUUCUAUUUCAUGAAAGGCUGCAGCACUGAUGCAUGGGGAAUUUGACCAUGCCACUAUUGGCUGUUCUACUGUGUUCUCUUCCAGGUAUGAGUCACUCUGAGAUGUGUGUCUGCGUUUUGGGAUCCCCCCUCCCCUACCUCUCUCUGCUGUUGGAGGCAGGCCAACGGAGCCCAGGUAUGGUAGCAGAACACACCCAGACAGAAAACACAACAGAUAUGUACACCAGGGUUCGUACUUUCAUGAAAAUCCUGGAAAAUACCUAGAUUUUUACAAUUGUGGAUUCCAGGCUGUCACGCUCGUUUAAGGACGGGUCAGACCAAGGCGCAGCGUGAAAUGCAUACAUGUUUAUUUCAACGAUAAACACACGAACAAAACAACAAACCAACGUAACGUGAAGUCCUCAGGCUAAACACAAACCAAGCCUACACACGGAACAAGAACCCACAACAACUGAUUGCCAAUAGGCUACUUCAGUAUGAUCCCCAAUCAGAGACAACGAGCGACAGCUGCCUCUGAUUGGGAAUCACACCCGGCCAAACAUAGAAAUACACAACCUAGAAUGAGAACAUAGAAAAUACCACAUAGAACUCCACACCCUGACUCAACAUACUAGAGUCCCAUAAGUCAGGGCUUGACACAGGCCUGGAAAAGUUUUGGGAAAUGAUCAAAUGUGAAAAGUUUAGGGAAAGUCAUGGAAAUUAAUUUAAUAAUUUCUGUUAAUGUAAUUUAUUUAGGAACAGUUUAAAAAAAUAUUUUAUCAAUCACAUAAUAAUCACCAUAUCAGCCAGGAUCGGAAUAUGACACUAGCACAGGACUAUUCAACUGGCGGCCCAGCGGCCAGAUCCGUUCCAUUUUAUUAAUUUAGACAGGCCCUUUGAUCAAUUCUGAAAGUUAAUAAAAUAUCAACAACAACAAAAAUAACGGUAAAAAACGCUAGAAAUCACCAUUCAGUGCCAAAAUGACAGCACUGUCUACUGUAUAGUGUAGUAUAGCUUCUAGCAUUUUUUUUGUUGCGGUUUCUAGCACCUGUGUGGCAUGUUGAUUCUUUUUUCUUCGCCUGUUCUACUGACACUCGCGAAUAAGGCCAUACAAAGUUGAUUUACUUUUUUGAACAAUUUGUAUGAUUAGAUGAAACUAUUAUUUUUUACGAAACUAACGGUUCAUUUCGCCAUUGUAUUAGUUGGGAUUCUGUUCAAUCGCGGUGAAUCAAAUCAUGUGAAUCGUGAAAAGUAAUUUUAGGAAAAAAUAUUAGAUAUAGCCUUUCUUUUGGAUUAAGUGGCUUCAACUUGUUUUAUAGAUACUUCCAGUUGAUUUGGGCAUCCAAUGUAUGGGACAUUGAAACAUCAAUAGAUGCUAGUCAGCCUGCAAAGUAGCCUGGGCAACUGCUAGUGGGCUUCAUUGAUCUCUUUUUAGUUUAGUUUAAUAAUUCAACCAUUUAAAAAAAACAAGCACACAUAAAACUUGUAAAAGCCAUACAUGCACAUGAGUAAAAUCAUCAAGGAUAACACACAAUAAAGUCUGGGACAUAUUUCCAUUGUGGUCCUCUUGAAACAAGAUGGCUAAGCAAGAUCGAAAACGGUUGAACACAGUAUGUGACAAAGAGAUAAUAAAACAAAAAACAAAGAAGAAGAACAUAUACAGUGGGGGAAAAAAGUAUUUAGUCAGCCACCAAUUGUGCAAGUUCUCCCACUUAAAAAGAUGAGAGAGGCCUGUAAUUUUCAUCAUAGGUACACGUCAACUAUGAGAGACAAAAUUAGAAAAGAAAAUCCAGAAAAUCACAUUGUAGGAUUUUUAAUGAAUUUAUUUGCAAAUUAUGGUGGAAAAUAAGUAUUUGGUCAAUAACAAAAGUUUCUCAAUACUUUGUUAUUUACCCUUUGUUGGCAAUGACACAAGUCAAACGUUUUCUGUAAGUCUUCAAAAGGUUUUCACACACUGUUGCUGGUAUUUUGGCCCAUUCCUCCAUGCAGAUCUCCUCUAGAGCAGUAAUGUUUUGGGGCUGUCGCUGGGCAACACAGACUUUCAACUCCCUCCAAAGAUUUUCUAUGGGGUUGAGAUCUGGAGACUGGCUAGGCCACUCCAGGACCUUGAAAUAACUUCUUACGAAGCCACUCCUUCGUUGCCCGGGCGGUGUGUUUGGGAUCAUUGUCAUGCUGAAAGACCCAGCCACGUUUCAUCUUCAAUGCCCUUGCUGAUGGAAGGAGGUUUCACUCAAAAUCUCACGAUACAUGGCCCCAUUCAUUCUUUCCUUUACACGGAUCAGUCGUCCUGGUCCCUUUGCAGAAAAACAGCCCCAAAGCAUGAUGUUUCCACCCCCAUGCUUCACAGUAGGUAUGGUGUUCUUUGGAUGCAACUCAGCAUUCUUUGUCCUCCAAACACGACGAGUUGAGUUUUUACCAAAAAGUUAUAUUUUGGUUUCAUCUGACCAUAUGACAUUCUCCCAAUCCUCUUCUGGAUCAACCAAAUGCACUCUAGCAAACUUCAGACGGGCCUGGACAUGUACUGGCUUAAGCAGGGGGACAUGUCUGGCACUGCAGGAUUUGAGUCCCUGGCGGCGUCGUGUGUUACUGAUGGUAGGCUUUGUUACUUUGGUCCCAGCUCUCUGCAGGUCAUUCACUAGGUCCCCCUGUGUGGUUCUGGGAUUUUUGCUCACCGUUCUUGUGAUCAUUUUGACCCCACAGGGUGAGAUCUUGCGUGGAGCCCCAGAUCGAGGGAGAUUAUCAGUGGUCUUGUAUGUCUUCCAUUUCCUAAUAAUUGCUCCCACAGUUGAUUUCUUCAAACCAAGCUGUUUACCUAUUGCAGAUUCAGUCUUCCCAGCCUGUUGCAGGUCUACAAUUUUGUCAGCUCUUUGGUCUUGGCCAUAGUGGAGUUUGGAGUGUGACUGUUUGAGGUUGUGGACAGGUGUAUUUUAUACUGAUAACAAGUUCAAACAGGUGCCAUUAAUACAGGUAACGAGUGGAGGACAGAGGAGCCUCUUAAAGAAGAAGUUACAGGUCUGUGAGAGCCAGAAAUCUUGCUUGUUUGUAGGUGACCAAAUACUUAUUUUCCACCAUAAUUUGCAAAUAAAUUCAUUAAAAAUCCUACAAUGUGAUUUUCUGGAUAUUUUUUUCUCAAUUUGUCUGUCAUAGUUGACGUGUACCUAUGAUGAAAAUUACAGGCCUCCCUCGUCUUUUUAAGUGGGAGAACUUGCACAAUUGGUGGCUGACUAAAUACUUUUUUUCCCCACUGUACAGUGGGGAGAACAAGUAUUUGAUACACUGCCGAUUUUGCAGGUUUUCCUACUUACAAAGCAUGUAGAGGUCUGUCAUUUUUAUCAUAGUUACACUUCAACUGUGAGAGACGGAAUCUAGACAAAAAUCCAGAAAAUCACAUUGUAUGAUUUUUAAGUAAUUAAUUUGCAUUUUAUUGCAUGACAUAAGUAUUUGAUACAUCAGAAAAGCAGAACUUAAUAUUUGGUACAGAAACCUUUGUUUGUAAUUACAGAGAUCAUAUUUUUCCUGUAGGUCUUGACCAGGUUUGCACACUCUGCAGCAGGGAUUUUGGCCCACUCCUCCAUAUAGACCUUCUCUAGAUCCUUCAGGUUUUGGGGCUGUCGCUGGGCAAUACAGACUUUCAGCUCCCUCCAAAGAUUUUCUAUUGGGUUCAGGUCUGGAGACUGGCUAGGCCACUCCAGGACCUUGAGAUGCUUCUUACGGAGCCACUCCUUAGUUGCCCUGGCUGUGUGUUUUGGGUCGUUGUCAUGCUGGAAGACCCAGCCACGACCCAUCUUCAAUGCUCUUACUGAGGGAAGGAGGUUGUUGGCCAAGAUCUCGCGAUACAUGGCCCCAUCCAUCCUCUCCUCAAUACGGUGCAGUCGUCCUGUCCCCUUUGCAGAAAAGCAUCCCCAAAGAAUGAUGUUUCCACCUCCAUGCUUCACAGUUGGGAUGGUGUUCUUGGGGUUGUACUCAUCCUUCUUCGUCUUGUAUGUCUUCCAUUUCCUAAUAAUUGCUCCCACAGUUGAUUUCUUCAAACCAAGCUGCUUACCUAUUGCAGAUUCAGUCUUCCCAGCCUGGUGCAGGUCUACAAUUUUGUUUCUGGUGUCCUUUGACAGCUCUUUGGUCUUGGCCAUAGUGGAGUUUGGAGUGUGACUGUUUGAGGUUGUGGACAGGUGUCUUUUAUCCUGAUAACAAGUUCAAACAGGUGCCAUUAAUACAGGUAACGAGUGGAGGACAGAGGAGCCUCUUAAAUAAGAAGUUACAGGUCUGUGAGAGCCAGAAAUCUUGCUUUUUUGUAGGUGACCAGAUUCUUAUUUUCCACCAUAAUUUGCAAAUAAAUUCUUUAAAAAUCCUACAAUGUGAUUUUCUGGAAUUUUUUUUCUCAAUGUGUCUGUCAUAGUUGACGUGUACCUAUGAUGAAAAUUACAGGCCUCUCUCAUCUUUUUAAGUGGGAGAACUUGCACAAUUGGUGGCUGACUAAAUACUUUUUUUCCCCACUGUAUCUCAUCAUUGCAGUUACAUCAUAGGGGUCAUUCAUAUGGGCACAGAAGACAUCAAACAGUUUUUUACUUCAUUUUUAAAGCUGCCCAGAGAGGAUGUCGUUUUUAUGGUCAGAGGCAACUCAAUCCACUCUGAGGCUCCAGUAUACAAGAAAGUACCAUUCCCAGCAUUACUCCUGAACCUGUGUAAGUACACAUUAGCAACACCUGAUCUGGGGCUGUCAUUGUGUGCAUCCCUAACACGGGGAAAGUAAUCAGUUAGAUAUCUGCAGAACCAUAGAUACUCCUGUAAACCAAAGCCAGUCUAAUCUGGGACACCCUAGCCUCAACAGGCAGCCAGUUGAGUUCCUGAAAGCAGCUCCUGCCUAUUUGAGUAUGUGGACUCACCUUCAAUACUACCCUGAUCAGCUUAUUCUGGGCUAUCUGGAGCUUCCCCUUCAGAAGCUUAGAUAAGCCCCCAAACCAGGAAGUACUAACAUAGUCAAAAUGGUAUUGAAUGAGGGCAAUGGCUAGCACUUUCAGGAGUCCUUAUCCAGCAGCUUGGACUUUCUAGCCAAAAACUUAGUGCUGGCAUUAACCUUCCCUAGCACUUUAGUGGCCAUGCUCACACCUCCCAAGCUUCCAUCAAGGACGCAUCCCAGGUAGCUAACAGAGGUUUUUGUAGUCAGCACCUCACCCCCUAACUCCACUCUGAUUUCAGAGGACCAACUCAAAAGAAUUGCCUCAGUUUUACCUGUGCAGAGAUAGCUUAUUAUCUCCAAGCCAUUUGCGAAUGUUAGUAAGCUCUGUGCUAAGUAUGCUCUCCAAAAUAGUUUUACUUUUGUGAGACACCAGAUGUGUAGAGUCAUCCGCAUAAAGGAAUAGACGGCAAGAACAAGCAUCUUUCAUAUCGUUAAUAUACAGUAAAAAAAAAAGUAGAGGCCCAAGCACACUCCCCUGUGGAACGCCACAACUCAUUGGUUUUGCCUGAGACAGUGAAUCAUUAAUCUCUACUACUUGCUCCCUACCUGAUAAAUAUGACUUUACCCAGCCUAGAGGGAUACUGCUUAAUCCCAGUGCAUCCAGUUUGGAGAUUAGGAGACAGUGGUUAACUGUAUCAAAGGCCUUCUGUAGGUCAAGCAGUACCAUUCCACAGAGAUUUCCCUCAUCAAUCUCUUUCCUGAUGAAAUCAGUGAACUAAAGUAGACAUGAAUCAGUGGAGUAUGUCUUUCUAAAACCUGACUGAAAAUAUAUACAUAUAUAUAUAUUUUUUAUUUUAUUUUGUCAUUUUAGCAGACACUCUUAUCCAGAGCGAUUUACAGUUAGUGAGAGCAUACAUUUUUCAUACUGGCCUCCCGUGGGCCUCGAACCCACAACCCUGGCAUUGCAAGCGCCAUGCUCUACUAACUGAGCUACAGGAGGCAGAGUUGCAAAGAAAAAGCCAUAUCUCAGACUGCCCAUCUUAAUCUUUUUUUAUAUAUAUAUAUAUAUCUGAGAUAUGUCUGAGAUAUGUAUUUUUCUUUGCAACUCUGCCUUGAAGGUCAGCAUCCCGGAGUCGCCUCUUCGCUGUUGACGUUGAGACUGGUGUUUUGUGGGUACUAUUUAAUGAAGCUGCCAGUUGAGGACCUGUGAGGCGUCUGUUUCUCAAACUAGACACUCUAAUGUAUUUGUCCUCUUGCUCAGUUGUGCACCGGGGCCUCCCACUCCUCUUUCUAUUCUGGUUAGAGACAGUUUGCGCUGUUCUGUGAAGGGAGUAGUACACAGCGUUGUACGAGAUCUUCAGUUUCUUGGCAAUUUCUCGCAGGGAAUAGCCUUCAUUUCUCAGAACAAGAAUAGACUGACAAGUUUCAGGAGAAAGUUAUUUGUUUCUGGCCAUUUUGAGCCUGUAAUCGAACCCACAAUUGCGGAAGCUCCAGACACUCAACUAGUCUCAAGAAGGCCAGUUUUAUUGCUUCUUUAAUCAGCACAACAGUUUUCAGCUGUGCUAACAUAAUUGCAAAAUGGUUUUCUAAUGAUCAAUUAGCCUUUUAAAAUGAUAAACUUGGAUUAGCAAACACAACGUGCCAUUGGAACACAGGACUGAUGGUUGCUGAUAAUGGGCCUCUGUACGCCUAUGUAGAUAUUCCAUUAACAAAAUGGCAGUUUGCAGCUUCAAUAGCCAUUUACAACAUUAACAAUGUCUACACUGUAUUUCUGAUCAAUUUGAUGUUAUUUUAAUGGACAAAGAAAUUGCUUUUCUUUCGAAAACAAGGACAUUUCUAGGUGACCCCAAACUUUUGAACGGUAGUGUACGUAGAGACGUCGCCAAUUGCUGGUCAUGGAAAUUUGAUUCAAAGUCAUGGAAAAGUCAUGAAAUUCCAUCUGUCAAAAUGACUAAACAAAGUAAAAAAUGUGGUCACAGUUUUUGGGGGUAUGAAUCCUGUAAUCAUUCCACUUUAUUGGUACUUUGUACCAACCAGUACCAGUACGUGCUUACCGGUAUCAGUCUGACAGUAAAUCAAUGUAAAAGCCUGUUUGGCUAGAGCAUCUGCCAAAACAUAGAACUUUACCCUUCAAAGUAUGUGCAAAAGUGUUUUCCAAGAGGUCUUCCAAGAGGUCUUCCAAGUGUCCCUUAGUGCCUAACAGAAUGGCGUUAGAUUGUACAUAGUUUUCUUAACCAUCUAUGGACCUAAAAACUUUGCCUUGCCAGAGCACCAUUAAAACACACUAGAUAUAAAAAAGUAUGUGGACACCCAUUCAAAUUAGUAGAUUCAGCUAUUUCAGCCACACCCGUUGCUGAGAGAUGUAUAAAAUCGAGCACAUAGCCAUGCAAUCUCCGUAGACAAACAUUGGCAGUAGAAUGGCCUUACUGAAGAGCUCAGUGACUUUCAACGUGCCACCGUCAUAGGAUGCCACCUUUCCAACAAGUCAGUUCGUCAAAUUUCUGCCCUGCUUGAGCUUCCCCGGUCAACUGUAAGUGCUGUUAUUGUGAAGUGGAAACGUCUAGGAGCAACAACAGCUCAGCUGCGAAGUGGUAGGGACCGCCGAGUGCUGAAGCAUGUAGCGCGUAAAAAUCGUCUGUCCUCGGUUGCAAGACUCACUACCGAGUUCCAAACUGCACUGGAAAGCAAUGUCAGCAUAAUAACUGUUCGUCGGGAGCUUCAUGAAAUGGGUUUCCAUGGCCGAGCAGCCGCACAAAACCUUAAGAUCAACAUGCGCAAUGACAAGCGUUGGUUGGAGUGGUGUAAAGCUCACCGCCAUUAGACACUGGAGCAGUGGAAACGUGUUCUCUGGAGUGAUGAAUCACGCUUCACCAUCUGGCAGUCCGACUGACAAAUCUGGGUUUGGUGGAUGCCAGGAGAACGCUACCUGCCCCAAUGCAGAGUGCCAACUGUAAAGAUGGGUGGAAGAGGAAUAAUGGUCUGGGGCUGUUUUUCAUGGUUCAGGCUUCUUAGUUCCAGUGAAGGGAAAUCUUAAUGCUACAGCAUACAAUGACAUUCUAGACGAUUCUGUGCUUCCAACUUUGUGGCAACAGUUUUGGGAAGGCCCUUUCCUGUUUCAGCAUGACAAUGCCCCUGUGCACAAAGCGAGAAUAUACAGAAAUGAUUUGUCAAGAUCAGUGUGGAAGAACUUGAUUGGCCAACCCCAUCGAACAACUUUGAGAUGAAUUGGAACGCUGACUGCGAGCCAGGCCUAAUCGCCCAACAUCAGUGCCCGACCUCACUAAUGCUCUUGUCCCCGCAGCAAUGUUCCAACAUCUAAUGUAAAUCAAAUGUAAAUCUAGUGGAAAGCCUUCCCAGAAGAGUGGAGGCUGUUAUAGCAGCAAAGGGGGGACCAACUCCAUAUUAAUGCCCAUGAUUUUGGAAUGAGACGUUCGACGAGCAGGUGUCCACAUACUUUUGGUCAUGUAGUGUAUAUAUUGGAACGGCAAUCCUUUUAUGGGAUUCAUUAGUGUCAUUAUCAAAUAACAUAAUCGCCCUCUAGAGAGAAAAGCUCUGAGUCUAAUAGUAAUAGCUCAAAUUGUAGCCUGAUGGCCAUCAGGUUGAGGGGAAAGAUAACUAGUGCAGGUUGACAUUUAAUGAGAAUGUCACUCCCCUCCUUGACUCUAUUUAUACAUAAAUAGCAGACAUGGGCAGAAAAUAGUUGCAUUUUGUAGUUACAGUAUGUGUUUAUUUGUAGUUUAUUUGAAAAUACUGAGGUUGUCAAAUAUAGUUUCAACUAAAAGGCAAAUAUUUUCUGUGAUAUUAAAAUACAGGUCUCAGAAAAACAAAUAAUAUUUGAAAGUAAUUUGAAUACCUCUCAGAAAAACAAAUAAUAUUUGAAGGUAUUUGAAUAUAUGCAAGUUAUUUGAAAAAUAUAUAUAAAUACAUUUGAUGGCUGCCAAAUAUUUGACAAAGAACCAAAAACUACAACAGUUAGUUGAAUUAGUCUAAAUAUAUGAUCAUUAGCACAUGGUUUUGAGGGCUCUCAGAUAUUAAUCUUAAUAUAGCCUAUAGCAUGGUUCCCCAACUGGCGGCCCGGUGACAUGGUAUCACCUCAACAUUAGAGUAGACCACUUCUGCAGCUUCAAAAUGACUAACAAAUAUAUUUUCAUAAUGAGUGACAUAAGGUUAUACAGUAACACUUAACAUCAAGUUCUUAUACAUGUGUAGUAACUUUGUGAUUAUCACUUUCUGAGAUCUGUAUUCAAAUCGUUUUAAGAAGUAGUCAUUUUUUGGGAUCUGUAUUCAAAUAGUUGUACACUAAAGAAAAAAGGGUUCCAAAAGGGUUCUUUGUCUGUCCCCAUAGGAGAACCCUUUUUGUUUUCAGUAGAACACCCUCUGUGCAAAGGGUUCUACAUGGAACUCAAAAGGGUUUUACCUGGAACCAAAAAGGGUUCAUCAAAGGGUUAUCCUAUGGAGACAGCCGAAGAACCCUUUUAGGUUCUAGAUAGCCAAAACAAUUAUACGAUUGUAGGCACCUCCAAAGUAACUGUUUGUUCCCCCAAAAAAGAUGUACUUUCUACAAAAUAUAGUUAAAACUAUAGUUAUCCCAGGUAUGAUAAAUAGUUAUUCUCCCGCCCGCUUUGUCCCUCUGUUAUGACUAAUAACAGAUUAAAACACUUUACUCCAACGUUGAAGUGGGACCAAGUGGUAAAAAAAUAGUUUGGUUUACAUGUGACACGAUCGUCUCUAUGACUUUUGACCUUUUUCUAUGGAAAUAUGUCAAUCAUAUUUCCAAUCUCCAGUUUUCUAGGUACAUCGGCCCUAUGCCAAAUACUCUCUUACCCCCAUCCAAUUUCUCUCUACCUCACUUCCCCCAUCACCUGCUCCUUCUGUCCCUCCCUCCUUCUCUCUCUCUACCCCACCCCUCCCUCUCUUCCUCCCUUUAGGAGAUGCUCUCCUGUGUCUCUGUCCGUCUUGGCUCUCUCGCUCCUCCUCCUCCCUCCUGGUCCACAAGGCUGUCACCUUUGACCUGGGAGGGCGCACUUUCCUAUCCAACUUCAACCCCCCUCGCAGGGUCACCUACUUCCUGUCAUGUGACCCGUGGGCUGAGGAGGAAAUGACCCGAGAGACAGACUGCCCAAGCGGAGGUUCUGGAGCACUGGGUCGGUUCUGGGGGAAUGUUCUGACCACCAGGGUUCUGCUGCAGAAGGCCAAGAUCCACUGCCCCCCGACCCUGGCCCUUCUUUUUCCCCCGGGGCAGAUGGGGCUGGAGGAGGGCAGGACAGGAGGGGUGGAGGUGGUGCACCUAGAAAUGGGGGCGGAGGAAGGGAUGAACUCUGUUCGAAACAAGGUGGACUCUUUCCUGGAGUCUGAGAAUAUGAGGGGAUCAGAGAGGGUAUGUCCUGUUUUUUAGAGAAUUCAGUCAGCCUUUAUGUAAAAGUACACAAAUUCUCAAGCUUUCCUUUCUCUCUGUGCCUAGGUGGUGCUCAGGUGCAGUGGGGGGAGGUUCGUGGGCGAGGCAACCUCACCCCCUGUCUACCUGUCCAGGAACAGCAGGGAUGAGGUCUGGGCCAAGGUGAGUUAUCUCCUGCCCCAGCUCCUCCCUGGAGAGGCAGUGCUGCUGGAGGCCUACUGCUCCCCACUGAAGCCUGGGCCACGAGUAGAGGACCGCACCUGGGAACAGUACAAUGGUGAGGGCUUUAGUCGGGAUUAUGAAUGUAGUUUGAGGUUUGAGGACCUUGUUUCAUGCUUAUUUGUAUGUGGUGUUCAUAUGACAUUGAACUUGUAAAGACUCUCUAACUACUUUCAAUGUAAUGUACUACGACCAUUACUAUAGAUGGUCCUCCCACUCUCAGUUGUAAUGAGGUAGUUGUUGUGUGCCUGUGUGUCUGUCAGACUGCAGGCCUCAGGUUACAGACCUGUCCUUCAGACUGUGUGCCAUAGUAACUCGCUCACCUCUGGACCUGCCUCUCCUCUACAAGGUGAGAGUAAGAGAGAGAGAGAACAAAAGAGAACGAGGUAGGAGAGAGAAUUGAAAUGUUGACUAUGUGCAUCAUGAAAACGUUGUUGUAUGACUAGCAGCAGCUGUUUGACCCUUGACUUUGCUGCCCUUGUCUUUGCGUUGUGUUUAUCAUGUCUUUGCAUUGACCCUCGAUACUGUAAACGUACAGUGCAUUCGGAAAGUAUUCAGACCCCUUCCCUUUUUCCACAUUUUGUUACGUUACAGCCUUAUUUUAAAAUGGAUAAAAUGAAAAUCCUCAUCAAUCUACACACAAUACCCCAUAAUGACAAACCGAAAAAACAGAUUUUUAGAAAUGUUUGCAAAUUUAUUACAAAUAAAAAACAGAAAUACCUUAUUUACAUAAGUAUUCAGACCCUUUGCUAUGAGACUCGAAAUUGAGCUCAGGUGCAUCCUGUUUCCAUUGAUCAUCCUUGAGAUGUUUCUACAACUUGAUUGGAGUCCAUCUGGGGUAAAUUCAAUUGAUUGAACAUAAUUUGGAAAGGCACACACCUGUCUAUAUAAGGUCCCACAGUUGACAGUGCAUGUCAGCGCAAAAACCAAACCAUGAGGUCGAAAGAAUUGCCCGUAGAGUUCUGAGACAGGAUUGUGUCGAGGCACAGAUCUGGGGAAGGGUACCAAAACAUUUCUGCAGCAUUGAAGAUCCCCAAGAACACAGUGGCCUCCAUCAUUCUUAAAUGGAAGAAGUUUGGAACCACAAAGACUCUUCCUAGAACUGGCCGCCCAGCCAAACUGAGCAAUCGAGGGAAAAGGGCCUUUGUCAGGGAAGUGACCAAGAACCUAAUGGUCACUCUGACAGAGCUCCAGAGUUCCUCUGUGGAGAUGGGAGAACCUUCCAGAAGGACAACCAUCUCUGCAGCACUCCACCAAUCAGGCCUUUAUUUUAGAGUGGCCAGACGGAAGCCAAUCCUCAGUAAAAGGCACAUGACAGCCCGCUUGGAGUUUGCCAAAAUGCUCCUAAAUGAAUCUCAGACCAUAAGAAACAAGAUUCUGUGGUCUGAUGAAACCAAGAUUGAACUCUUUGGCCUGAAUGCCAAGCGUCACGUCUGGAGGAAACCAGGCACCAUGAAGCAUUGGGGUGGCAGCAUCAUGGUGUGGGGAUGUUUUUCAGUGGCAGGGACUGGGAGACUAGUCAGGAUCGAGGGAAAGAUGAAUGGCGCAAAGUACAGAGAGAUCCUUGAUGAAAACCUGCUCCAGAGUGCUCAGGACCUCAGACUGGGGCGAAGGUUUACCUUCCAACAGGACAAUGACCCUAACCACACAGCCAAGACAACGCAGGAGUGGCUUCGGGACAAGUCUCUGAAUUUCCUUGAGUGGCCCAGCCAGAGCCCGGACUUGAACCCGAUCGAACAUCUCUGGAGAGACCUGAAAAUAGCUGUGCAGCGAUGCUCCCCAGCCAACCUGACAGAGCAUGAGAGGAUCUGCAGAGGAGAAUGUAAGAAACUCCCCAAAUACAGAUUUGCCAAGCUUGUAGCGUCAUACCCAAGAAGACACAAAGCUGUAAUCGCUGCCAAAGGUGCUUCAACAAAGUACUGAGUAAAGGGUCUGAAUAGUUAUGUAAAUGUACAGUGGGGGAAAAAAGUAUUUAGUCAGCCACCAAUUGUGCAAGUUCUCCCACUUAAAAAGAUGAGAGAGGCCUGUAAUUUUCAUCAUAGGUACAUGUCAACUAUGACAGACAAAAUGAGAAAAGAAAUUCCAGAAAAUCACAUUGUAGGAUUUUUUAUGAAUUUAUUUGCAAAUUAUGGUGGAUAAUAAGUAUUUGGUCAAUAACAAAAGAUUCUCAAUACUUUGUUAAAUACCCCUUGUUGGCAAUGACACAGGUCAAACGUUUUCUGUAAGUCUUCACAAGGUUUUCACACACUGUUGCUGGUAUUUUGGCCCAUUCCUCCAUGCAGAUCUCCUCUAGAGCAGUGAUGUUUUGGGGCUGUUGCUGGGCAACACGGACUUUCAACUCCCUCCAAAGAUUUUCUAUGGGGUUGAGAUCUGGAGACUGGCUAGGCCACUCCAGGACCUUGAAAUGCUUCUUACGAAGCCACUCCUUCGUUGCCCGGGAGGUGUGUUUGGGAUCAUUGUCAUGCUAAAAGACCCAGCCACGUUUCAUCUUCAAUGCCCUUGCUGAUGGAAGGAGGUUUUCACUCAAAAUCUCACGAUACAUGGCCCCAUUCAUUCUUUCCUUUACACGGAUCAGUCGUCCUGGUCCCUUUGCAGAAAAACAGCCCCAAAGCAUGAAGUUUCCACCCCCAUGCUUCACAGUAGGUAUGGUGUUCUUUGGAUGCAACUCAGCAUUCUUUGUCCUCCAAACACGAUGAGUAGAGUUUUUACCAAAAAGUUAUAUUUUGGUUUCAUCUGACCAUAUGACAUUCUCCCAAUCCUCUUCUGGAUCAUCCAAAUGCACUCUAGCAAACUUCAGACGGGCCUGGACAUGUACUGGCUUAAGCAGGGGGACACGUCUGGCAAUGCAGGAUUUGAGUCCCUGGCGGAGUAGUGUGUUACUGAUGGUAGGCUUUGUUACUUUGGUCCCAGCUCUCUGCAGGUCAUUCACUAGGUCCCCCCGUGUGGUUCUGGGAUUUUUGCUCACCGUUCUUGUGAUCAUUUUGACCCCACGGGGUGAGAUCUUGCGUGGAGCCCCAGAUCGAGGGAGAUUAUCAGUGGUCUUGUAUGUCUUCCAUUUCCUAAUAAUUGCUCCCACAGUUGAUUUCUUCAAACCAAGCUGCUUACCUAUUGCAGAUUCAGUCUUCCCAGCCUGGUGCAGGUCUACAAUUUUGUUUCUGGUGUCCUUUGACAGCUCUUUGGUCUUGACCAUAGUGGAGUUUGGAGUGUGACUGUUUGAGGUUGUGGACAGGUGUCUUUUAUACUGAUAACAAGUUCAAACAGGUGCCAUUAAUACAGGUAAUGAGUGGAGGACAGAGGAGCCUCUUAAAGAAGAAGUUACAGGUCUGUGAGAGCCAGAAAUCUUGCUUGUUUGUAGGUGACCAAAUACUUAUUUUCCACCAUAAUUUGCAAAUAAAUUCAUUAAAAAUCCUACAAUGUGAUUUUCUGGAUUUUUUUUUCUCAAUUUGUCUGUCUUAGUUGACGUGUACCUAUGAUGAAAAUGACAGGCCUCUCUCAUCUUUUUAAGUGGGAGAACUUGCACAAUUGGUGGCUGACUAAAUACUUUUUUUCCCCACUGUAUAUUUUCAGGUUUUAAUUUUUUAUACAUUUGCUACAAUUUAUAAAACUUGUUUUGGUUUUGUCAAUAUGGGAUAUUGUGUGAGGGAAAAAACGAUUUAAUCAAUUUUAGAAUAAGGCUGUAACGUAACAAAAUGUGGAAAAAGUCAAGGGGUCUGAAUACUUUCCGAAUGCACUGUAUAGUUGAGUAUACAAAACAUUAAGGACACCUGCUCUUUCCAUGACACAGACUGACCAGGUAAAUCCAGGUGAAAGCUAUGAUCUCUUAUUAAUGUCACUUGUUAAAUCCACUUCAAUCUGUGUAGAUGAAGGGGAGACAGGUUAAAGAAGGAUUUUUAAGCCUUGAGAGAUUUGAGACAUGGAUUGUGUAUGUGUGCUAUUCAGAGGGUGAUUGGUCAAGACAAAAGAUUUAAGUGCCUUUCAACGGGGCAUGGUAGUAGGUGCCAGGCGCACCGGUUUGUCUCAAGAACUGCAACGCUGCUGGGUUUUUCACGCUCAACAGUUUUCCUUGUGUAUCAAGAAUGGUCCAGCACCCAACAGACAUCUAGCCAACUUAACACAACUGUGGGAUGCAUUGGAGUCAACAUGGGCCAGCAUCCCUGUGGAACGCUUUAGACACCUGACGAAUUGAGGCUGUUCUGAGGGCAAAAAGGGGGGGGGGGGGGGGGGGGGGGGGGGGGGGGGGUGCAACUCAAUAUUAGGAAGGUAUUGUUAAUGUUUUGUACACUCAGUGUAUAUUGUAUAUAGCUCUGUAAAAUGUUGAUGUCUCCUCUUGAACGUUAUGGCAAAAUGUAGAUUUCAAUAGACAUACCCAAAAGUAAUACUUUUUUAUGAGAUAAUCAUAAACAAUAAUGAGUAAUGAUGCCUAGUUUUCUGGUAAAAAAUAGUUAUAAAUAGUUGAGGUGUAUUGUAUAUAGUACAAAUAUUAUGAAAAUAUACGAUUUAUUUAAAAAAAUGUCCUAUACAUCGAAAGUGGGGGAAUAGGGCUUGAAAUGACUGAAAUGCUUUCUAAAUAUAGUAACAACCAAAUUAUUGAUGACUUACUAUAAGAUUUCACCUUUCAUAUAACUGUAAAAUAAAUAUGAUCCUAUUUAGUGACAGUACAAAUUUGGCCCCAUUUCAUAUAACUGAUGACGGAGCAUUUUCUGCCAAGCGUCCUCUGAGCGACGCACAGACACCAUUCGAAUGUCUGCAGACUCGUUACAACUUCAGCCAAGAGAAAGUGGUCGUGUUUCAAUUCUACAGUGAGAUUAAACUACAGCGGUUGGAUUCGCUAGACUGUCCCCUUCAAUAUGUCAUCUCCUUGGCUGGCCUCCGUCGCUCAGAGGCAGAGGAAAUCGAUAGUUUGUCUAGAUAGGCCAGAAAAUGUGACACGUCACUCCCAAUGCAAAUGUAUGAAACCUGAAACUUCAAGUCAGGUCUGACACUUCAAGCCAACCUGACACUUCAAGUCAGGUCUGACACUUCAAGCCAACCUGACACUUCAAGUCAGAGUGGUAGCGGAAAGCAGACAGAUGGGGCUUACUGGCACUAUAAGGAAUUGGACCCUGCGACGUUCACAGAGAGCUCUGUACACCAAAAUAUCAGUUGGAACCGGUCCAGAACCACUCAAAGUCCCCUAAAUAGGGGACUUAACGUCUAAGAGGUUGUCUUUAACUCAGGAAUGCGAGACAAAUUCAUGUAAUAGGCUAAAUACUUGAACUGAACUGUUAUGACCUUAUAUCUAACUUCUCUUCUAUCUUCAUCUACUCCCCCUCUCUCUCUCUCUCUCUCUCUCUCUCUCUCUCUCUCUCUCUCUCUCUCUCUCUCUCUCUCUCUCUCUCUCUCUCUCUCUCUCUCUCUCUCUUCCCCUCCAUCAGUUGGUGUGUAGAGUGGGUUUGUCCAACGACCCUCUCUCUCACAGCCACUCCCUCUCUCAGUCUUUGGAGACCACCCUAUUAGAGUGCGGUUUCACUGACCCUACCAUGGCAAAAUCUUUCUGUCGCCUAGCACUGGAUACCGCCCUGUCCUGCCUCUGUGUUGUCAUGGAAACAGAGUCAAGCAUGUCCGCAGAACAACGCGGUGGAGCGGGUGCCCAGACCGACAUGAUAGGUGUGUGUUUGUGUGUGUUGGCUCACUGCCCAUGUUUUCCUCUAAGGCAGCAUGAAGCUGUCUGAGUUGAUAUAUGAUUUGAUAAAGAUUACUGCAGAUUACUGUUGAAGCCUCUGAAAGCAUAGGUAUACUUAUGCCAUCAUAAGUCUCACCCUCUGUCAACACUAUGUCUCACUGAGCUACUAUCUGACCCUUCUUCUCCCUCUCCAUAUCUCUCUAUUUGUCUAUCUAUCUCCCUCUCUACCACUCCAUAUCUCUAUCUCUUUCUACCUCCUUUCUACUCCCUCUCUCCUAGGCGUGGACCUCCUUUUCACCAUGGAUGGCUCCAUCAUCAGGCCUGUUAUUUUGGGCCUCCACCCCUCCCUAUGUCUCCACUCCUCCUUCCAAGAGCGAGGGAUGGGGAUGGAGGGAUGUGACAGUGGGAUAGAGGGGUGGAGUAGGGGCACCCUCCUCCUCACCCCCCUCACCCGCUCCCAGUACUACCUGAUGCAAGGGAAAACUGUGCUGGUGGUGGGAGCUGGAGGACACAGUAAGAAGUUCAUCUGGAAAGCAGCCAAACAGUACAAACUCAAGGUGAAUGUCUACAUGGGGAAUAACUAUAUGGAUAAAUGUGGAAUAACUACACUCUUAGAAUUUUUUUUUCCAAAAGGGUUCUUCAGCUGUCCCCAUAAGAGAACCAUUUUUGGUUCCAGGUAGAACACUUUUGGGUUCUAUGUAGAACAAAAGUAUUCUACCUGGAACCAAAAAGGUUCUUACCUGCAACCAAAAAGUGUUCUUCAAAGGGUUUUCCUAUGGGGACAGUUGAAGAACCUUUUAAGGUUCUAGAUAGCACCUUUUUUUCUAAGAGUGUAGACAGUGAAAGUGAAUAGUAGAUCGCCCAACAUAGACUUUUCAGCUAUUUUAGAAGUGCAUUUUACUGCACUGCAAAGUCUGAUUAAAUUACACAUUAAUGGUUACUGGUUAGCUAGUUAUGCUAAUGUACGAAUUGAACUCAAUAACUUUCUCCCCUCCAAUCAGAUCCUGCUGGUGGACAGUGACCCUGCCCACUUUGCCUCCCAGUUGGUCGACCACUUCCUCUCCCUGCCAGACCUCCCCGACCAUCGCCGUGAUGACCAGCACUGCUCCCGCAUCUGUGAUUGGCUAUUGUCCUCCAGCCUCCGCCCUGACGGCUGUGUGUGCUUCUGGGACGAAUGCGUGGUGCUGACAUCGCUGGUCUGUGAUAGGCUGAGGCUCAGGGGCCCUCCCCCCGAGGCCAUCCGCAUCGCAAAGGAGAAGAGCCGCACCCACAGGCACCUCCUGGGCCUACUGAAAUCUACUGGGACUAACCUGAUCAGUGUUGAGCAGCCCUCCGGUCAGCCGGAUAGCCUGGUUGAGUUUAGAGAAGAUGAGAGGAGAGGUAGACAGCAGAACGGCAUGGUCAACGGCAUGGUCAACAUGGAAGGAGAUAGCAUGAGAGCUAUGGCCGAUUUUGACAGGGGGGAUCUCUUCAAUGAGGCAAUGGGCAAACCCGACACUACCGCCUCUACCUCUUCAUCCACCUCACCCUCCUCUUCCUCCUCACAUUCCUUUGGCACUUUCCGUCCCUCCGCUCCUCUCCUCUCUCCUUCCCCUUCCUCCUAUGCUGUUCCCUGUAUCCACGUGGAGAGCACCCUAGAUCUGGAGAAGGCAGCCAGUGUGGGGGUGGUGAGGUUCCCAGCGGUGAUGAAGCUGGAGUAUGGCGCGGGGGCGGUGGGCGUGAGGAAGGUGGGCUCUCUGGAGGAAAGUCUGGCACACUUUGAGAGGAUCGGAGGGGACCUCCGGGAGGAGACAGACUACCCCGGCAUCGGCCUGGGCUGGGGCAACGCCAUGAUCCUCAUGGAGUACGUGGGAGGCACCGAGCACGACGUGGACGUGGUCCUGUUCGAGGGAAGACUGGAGGGCGCCUUCGUAUCCGACAACGGCCCCACGCGCACACCGGCCUUCACUGAGACGGCCGCCCAGAUGCCAUCAGGGCUUGCGCCGGACAAGCGUGCUCAGCUGAUCCGCGCGGCGCACCACGCAUGCCUGGGCUGUGGCCUGCGAGACGGCGUGUUCAACGUGGAGCUGAAGAUGACAGAAGUGGGCCCGAGGCUCAUCGAGAUCAACGCCCGCAUGGGCGGCUUCUACCUGUGUGACUGGAUCCGCCAGCUAUACGGCGUGGACCUCCUGAUGGCUGCCUUCAUGGUGUCCUGUGGGGUGCGUCCCUGCCUGCCCUCGGCCACAGCCCUCCCAGCCAGAGGCCACUUUGCUGGGGUGAUGGUGGUGGUGUCACGGCACCUCCAGGCCCUGAGGACCACAGCCAGCCCUGAGCGCCUGAGAGGGCUCCACAAGGAGGGGGCGUUGUGGCUGAACGAGCUGGCGGAGGAGGAUGAACUGAUCUCUGGGGAGUACGAGGAGCCCUUCUGUAAUGUUGGGGUGAGAGACGCCCACAAUGCCGCCAACGCUCGCCAGCGCCUCCUCGCCCUCUGCCAAGGGCUGGGCCUGCACUGUCCUCCACGCUACGACCUGGGGUACUUCCUGUCCCAUUUCAAC